AUGGCACCUCGCAAAACCAAGCCCGCUACCAAACCCGCAGCCAAACCCACACCUGCGUCUACGGCUACUACCUCUUCUUGUCCGUCUCCGAAGAGCUUUCCAAUCCCAAUGGAGGUCGAUGAUUUCUCGUUUUCCGACUCGGAGCUGAGCGACGCUCAGUCACUCAUCGAACCCGAAGGCUUCUCGUUGCUCUCCCCGGACGAGUCUAGUGGCGGCCGCAGCCAAGACGAGCUGCCGCCCGCCAGAAAGAAGCGCCGUGUGGCCGGCCCCAAGGAACGCCGAACCCAGCACCUCGAUCUCACCCCCCGCCUGGGCUUUUCAGAUUACGGUGACCAGGAGCCUCAGCUUAAUCUUCUUGUUAACACAAUCCGUAACCACAAGAAAAUUGUGGUCAUUGCUGGAGCUGGCAUCUCCACAUCUGCAGGCAUUCCUGACUUCCGCUCCGACGAUGGCCUUUUCAAGACCUUGCAAAAAAAGCACAAUCUCAAGGCGUCCGGCAAACUCAUGUUCGACGCUGCCGUCUACCAGGAUGAAGCGUUGACCGCCUCGUUUCAGGAGAUGGUGCGGUCAUUGUCAGAAGAAGCCGAGAAAUCCUCUCCGACAGCUUUCCACCAUAUGCUCGCCCGGCUAGGCAGUGACAAUCGCCUGACUCGUUUGUAUACCCAGAACAUCGACGGCAUCGAAACCUCUAUGCCUCCUCUGGCAACUCAAAUCCCAUUGAACGUCAAGGCCCCAUGGCCGCGUACAAUCCAAUUGCACGGAAGCCUUGAAAAGAUGGUCUGUCAGAAGUGUCGACAUAUGAGCACCUUUGACCGAGUCAUGUUCGACCGUCCCGACGCCCCUGAGUGUCCGGAGUGUGUGUUGACCAACCAAUUCCGUAUGGAAACCGGCCAACGCAGCCAUGGGAUUGGGAAAAUGAGACCGCGCAUUGUCCUAUACAACGAACACAACCCAGAUGAGGAGGCGAUUACAUCCGUUAUGAAUGCUGAUAUACGCUCACGCCCCGAUGCGCUAAUUGUGGUGGGAACCAGCUUGAAGAUUCCUGGAGUACGUCGCCUUGUCAAGAGCCUGUGUUCGGUAAUCCGGAGUCGCCGUAAUGGAGUCACCAUGUGGAUCAAUAAUGAACCGCCCUCCGGCAAAGAAUUUGAAGACUGCUUUGAUCUGUUGGUCAAGGGCGACUGCGAGGAAGUGGCACGGCUUGCACAAUUGAAGCGGUGGGAUGACGAUUCCAAACCGAUUUUCGACGAGUGCCAAUCUGCGGAUGUGGAGCGGGUAAAGAACGAGCAAGGGCCGCUUUCCGUCGUUAUUACUACCCCCAAGAAGGAGAAAGUCCAGGCUCAGACCGGGAUGCUCACACCAUCAUCCAGCUACGAUGGCGACGUCGAGAAUGCUUCCACCACUACUCUCUCAAAUCCUGCAAGCAAAGGACGGAAGCUCACUGAGAUCCUCAAGGCCAGCAAGAAGGAUGCACCUAAGACUGAGAGUGCCGGCGUCAAGAAGCCUGCGCCUCGGAAGCGCACAAAGAAAGAGCCAGUCAAGAAUGCCAAAAUUACCACAUUCAGCAAAGUCACUAAGGCUCAGAAGGUUACGCCCGAGGAGAAAUCCGUCAAAUUGGAGGAGCAUAAGGCAAUGCAUCCCCUGCCACCGGGGGCUGCGCGUACAAAUGCGCCGAUGCUUCCUGGGCUAGCAAAGGAUGACUCCAAAUCAACACCGAGCGGCAAACGAGGCCAGCUCGAGACCAUUUCCCCUGAUCGCAUCCCCAAAGGAAUGGGCAAGUUGCUUGAUUAG